GGACCACAGGCUGCGGAGGGUCAGGCACCCGGGCGCUGCUUUUAGGCGGAGCGACUUUGGAUCUCCGAGCCGCGCUCCGCCCGCAGCUAUCUUUGUGUGGUCUAUAUCAGGAAUGAAAUCAUCUGAAAGCUCAGAGCAGAAACCUUUUUGGUCAACAUGGAAGACAAAAGAAGGCGAGCCCGAGUGCAGGGAGCCUGGGCUGCCCCUGCCCAGAGCCAGGCUGCUGCGAAGCCAGCUACCACURCUAGGAGCCAUCUCCAUCAGACUUCUAGUCAGACCUGGAGGAACAAGGAGCCUCAUCUGUCUGACAGAGAGUUUGUGUUUAGAGAACCUCAGCAGGUAGUAYGUAGAGCCCCAGAACCACGAGUGAUUGACAAGGAGGGUGUGUAUGAAAUCAGCCUGGCACCCACAGGUGUAUCUAGGGUGUGCUUGUAUCCUGGCUUCCUUGACUUGAAAGAAGCUGACUGGAUGUUGGAACAGCUUUGCCGGGACGUCCCCUGGAAACAGAGGAUGGGCAUCAGAGAGGAUAUAACUUAUCCACAACCAAGACUUACAGCAUGGUAUGGAGAACUUCCGUACACUUAUUCAAGAAUCACUAUGGAACCAAAUCCUCACUGGCCUCCUGUGCUGAGCACCCUGAAGAACCGCAUUGAGGGGAACACUGGCCACACCUUCAACUCCUUACUCUGCAAUCUUUAUCGGAACGAGAAGGACAGUGUGGACUGGCACAGCGAUGAUGAACCUUCACUAGGGAGGUGCCCCGUCAUCGCUUCACUCAGUUUUGGCGCCACACGCACAUUUGAGAUGAGAAAGAAGCCCCCACCUGAAGAGAAUGGAGACUACACGUAUGUGGAGAGAGUAAAGAUUCCCUUGGAUCACGGGACCUUGUUAAUCAUGGAAGGAGCUACCCAGGCUGAUUGGCAGCAUCGAGUGCCCAAGGAAUACCACUCCAGAGAACUCAGAGUCAACCUGACCUUUCGGACAGUUUAUCCACACCCUUGAGGGUGCUCCUUGGUGAUGGAGGUCCUGGCUAGAAGAGCCUCAGUGAGUCCAGCCACGCCAACGCUGAGCAGCCCUUCCUCCGGAAGAAGCUUGAGAGGCUACUCCAGCUGGUCUCAUGAUGUGGCUGUUUGGAAGAUGGUGGCUUUGCUUCCCAGCUUGGAGUCCUAUUAAAUGAGAGCCACUAGCAGUUCCUGUUGGUAAUAUGUCUACUGUGGGAACGGUUAUUCCAAAGCACAUCUCAAAAUUGCACAUCAUCUUUAGGCAAAUUAAAACUGCUGUGGCUGUGCUCACGGAUGAUUUGGUCCAGAAGCUGCUUUUCUUCUGCCCUCCCCCUGUAAUUUGAAGAAAUACAAAUGGCCUUGUGCCUCUGGGGAGAAUCUGCACGUGUUUAUUCCUAAAGACAUUUGCGAAGUGGAGAUACAAAUGUACGUCAGUAACUCUGGAGCCUUCCGUAGGCAGACAGCUGCUGAAACCCAAACAGAGGUGGCUUCACUGGGCUUUGUUGAAGUCUGUCUUGGCUCCCUAACAUCUCAGCUUGUGUGUUAUUGCAGUGGAAAGCUGUGUUUUCAGGGGACACUGUGUUUGACUGAGCCUCGUGGCCUAUCAGUCUUCCCAGACCCAUUUAGACAGAUUCCAGGCCUCCGCACAGAGUGAAGGCAGUGCAGCCAGGCACCAGACUACCUGUAAGACCAGAGGAAACUGUCUCCUUAAGGGAAGGAGUGACUGAGCAUGUCUUGAGAAGUAGCAGGCUGAAAUUUGGCUGGAGAGAACAAAUAGUGACAGCUGUUCCACAUAGAUUAGCUUCCCCUAGAGAAUUACUUGAGUCAUUUAAACCCAAGCCAGAUCGAAGCGGKAGCAGUCCUGCAGGGAAUAGACUCAAUUACCUCAUGGUUCUUUUCACCUUAGAUUUCAGUAGUCCCAUGACUGUGACUCAGUGUUCCCUUACACCCAAGUUCCCCAGGUUCAAGGGUUAGUCUGUGAUGUCACCAGGGUUCCCAAAACAGAACAGAGUGACUGCCCCUUUUUGCAUCAUAAAAGCACGUGUCUCCUUGAUCUCUGGCCCUAGGAUCAGUGUGCCACAUUAACUCCAAACAAGAUGUGGAGCUGAGAGAAAGACAGUCAGUUUAAAUGGWUGAAAAUAGGGCAGGGGAGUCGUGUUUCUCUCUCGGCCUGUGGGAAAAUUCACAGCGUCUUCUUGCUUCUUGUCCUCUUUCCUGCGGUAAGAUCAGUGAUCCUGUGAUCAUGGUGAGGUGCCAGAAUGGGCAUGCUCUUACCCAGAGCUCGGGUGUGACUCCAUGUCUGGCUGGGCUCUGCUCUCCACCGCUCUCUAGCUCCUUGCCCUGGAGUAUUUUUUUUUUUUUUAAUGUUUAUAGCUCCUUUUUGUAAGAAAUACUAAGUGCUUCACACAAUUGAACAUCGUACUGUGCCUUCCUGGGAGGAAGGUACAAAUCACUGUAAACAUAAAAUAAACCCUCUAUUUAAUUCCUAGCUGUUCUCCUAUUAAACCCAACAAAACUGCCUGGGGUGGUACAGCCAGUUUUGGUUAUGCGUUUGAUUCGUGACACUGGGAAAUUCCUCUCCCAUUCUUUACAAAUGAAAGAACUGGCAGAUGGUUCCAAGCUUCUAUCAUCCCCCCUCCUAAUGUAGGGUCGCUGUGUYCUCUUGCAUGGGCUCUGCAUUUGAUCCCUUCACUUACCCAUGUCUGUCAGGGAGACAGAUUCCCCUCUCUGGCAGAUGUGCUGGGCUACCACCUGUUUUCUCCAUCAGCAGCAGAUCUUACCUUUGGUUUCUUGCUGUCACUAUAGACUAAAUGUGCCAUGACUACCAUUAAUUUCCACCCCUGAGAUAGCAUCUCUUCUGUAAUGUCAAAUUAGUUUUUGCUAUAGAAUAAAACUGCCAAGUUUAGAAAUGGACAGGAAUCCCAGACCCUGACAAAGGACAGCCCUACUCAGUGACGCACCAACCUGUUGCAGUGUUCCACUGAUAGAUCUCAUGCCAUAACUCGGGUCAAGCUAAUUUUGCUAAUGUUACACAUAAAGCAGAGGAAGCAAGUAUGACAGCCAUAGCAUAAAGAAAACAGGUUUCGGAGGUGUUUUUAGGCCCCACCCCYACCCUCUUAGCACCAGCAGCCUGUAGGCACUGCCUAGGAGCUUUGAUACAUAAUCCCUGAUCCUCGAGGCCCCUACCGCUGCAAGAGAGGUACCAUUCCCCUUGUAGAGAUGAGGGAACGCAAAGUUAGUCUAACAGAACUUUCUGUUAACCUGUAUGCUGUGUGCUCUGCCUUACUGGAUUGAGGAAGAACUGUCAAUAAGCAUCCCUGAGAGCCUUAUUCUAGCAGAGAUGGCCACAACCAACCAAAGGCCAUGUAUUUGUUCCCUGUUUGUUUAUUUAUUUAUUUGGCAUAGAUGAGCCUUUAAUUUAUUCAUUUGUUUAUAUGCGAUGCUGAGAA